ACAGUAUGGGUAUCACUCGUGAUUCGCGCCACAAGCGCUCGCACACCGGGGCUCGUAAAGCCAGCUACCGGAAGAAGCGUAAGUUCGAACUUGGUCGUCAACCCGCCAUGACGAAACUCGACACUUCUAAGCGUAUCAACACCGUCCGCACAAGGGGUGGAAACACCAAAUACCGUGCUCUCCGUUUGGACACUGGGAAUUUUGCUUGGGGCUCGGAGCAUGUGACUCGUAAGACGAGGUUGCUUCAGGUGCGAUACAAUGCGUCAAACAACGAGUUGCUACGUACUCAAACCCUUGUCAAAUCCUGUGUAAUCGACGUCGAUGCUACCCCCUUCAGACAGUGGUACGAAGCCCACUACGCUCAACCUAUCUUCCGAGGAGCGAAACUCCCCGAAGAGCAGACCGAAAAGACUCAAUCCAACCACGUGAAACGUAUCCUCGACGAACGCAAGAAGGACGCGAAGAUCGACCCUCUCCUCGAGCAGCAAUUCAAGGCUGGUAGACUGUUGGCUAUUCUUACCUCGCGACCUGGACAAAGUGGACGAGCAGAUGGAUACAUCCUCGAGGGCAAAGAGCUCGACUUUUACCUGAGGAAGCUACAAGUCCGCAAAGCCAAACACUAGGUCGACGGUUGACAGGAGAUUGUCUCGGCUGUAUCAUGCAUCGGAUUCUCAUGCCGA